AAAAUGCGGCCGCCCGGAAAACACAGACACUGACCGAACAACGGAGUCUCAAGAGUUUCCUUCCACAGACACACACUACACUUUCCGAUCUUCCAUUGCGCCGGCGAUUCCAUCAUGGGUGCCGACAUCAAGUACGAGAUCUCACAGAACGCUUAUAUCAAACUUGUUCUCCAUGCCCUCAACCACAAAACGGCCUCCGUCAACGGAGUUUUGCUCGGCCGACCCAGCCCCCUAAACCACUCCGUUCUCGAGAUCACCGACUCCGUUCCUCUUUUCCACUCCAAUCUCGCCCUCUUGCCUCCGCUCGAGAUCGCCCUCAUCAUGAUAGAGGAGCAGUAUAGUGCUAAGGGAGUUGGUAUUGUUGGAUAUUUCCACGCAAACGAAAGGUUUGAUGAUGCAGAACUGGGUAUUGUGGCCAAGAACAUUGGUGAUCACAUCUCUCGAUACUACCCGGAAGCUGCUAUUCUCUUGUUAGAUAACAAAAAGCUUGAAGCUUUACCCAAGGGGAAAGACCAGAGCCCUGUAAUGCAGCUUUAUGCAAGGGAUGGAUCCAAGAAUUGGAAACUGGUUGCUGGAAGCAGCCGGUUGAUGGUUAAGGAGCCAGCAGCAAAUGUUCUCCUUCUGGAUUACAUUUCAUCAGAGAAAUGGCAUGAUGUUGUAGAUUUUGACGACCACCUUGAUGACAUUAAGAAGGACUGGUUGAAUCCAGAACUCUUCAAGUAAGAUAUGCGCCACUCUCUAUUCUUUGACGUGAAUGCUUCCUCCACUCCCAGGCAUGUACCAGGUCAUUAAGUAGAAGAUGAGUAUGAUGAACCAUAGACUUUUUUGCAACAAUCUUGUUCAGAUGUAUUUUAUUAAUUAAUAUUUAAUAUGUUAAAAGAAGGAAUCUAAUUUGUUUCUCCGCCAAACCAAAACACUUGUUAUAUUGUUUCUAACUUUCUAAAGGAAUGAAAGGCCGUUCCAUUC